UUAUUUCUGUCUUCCGCCCAGGCUGGUAGUAUUGAAGCAAAGCCUAUCCAGAAAAUUCUCAUUUCUGAACUUACUUUAACAGAUAAAGUUUGUCUGAAAAUACAGUGAUCAACUGCCUGUUCUUUUUUUAUUUGGAAGAAACGUCUUUAGCUUAAAUUCUUACUAAGGAGUUAUCUGGAGAGCAGUAAAAGAAACUAAAAAACCCAUUUGGAUGCAAUUUCUUGAACAGCAGAUAUAAUAAUAAUGCAGCUUUUCUAAUGCUAGCUGUUAGUCAAACCUAAUUUACUUAUUGAUUUUAAAAAACACAAGCAUGAGAUGAUUCAUAAUCAUGUCAAAUAAUUCAUCAAGCUUGUAUUGAUUCGAUUGGGACAUUUGGUUACCUAACUAAGAUAACUAUAUGAUUAAUUUUAAUAAUUAAAAUAACAGCUGGGAAUUAUAAUUUUUCUUGUGCAUGAAUUCUCAGGUAAACGAAGCACUGGUUAUCAAAGAGUGCAGUUGACGUUGUGGUUUUCUGAAGGAGAAGCAGCUUCGUCUCAAAAUCAUUCUCCUUCUUUGGCGACAGAUCUUGCCUUCUUUAGCUGCAAAGAUUUAGCAAAUCAAAAGGUACAGUAACUGUUUUACAAUGGAAAUUGUAGAUUUAUCAAAACAAGAAGAAUCCCUUCCAACACUUAUCAAGCACAUCUCAUCGAAUGAAGUUGCGGGCUUUGAUAGCUUGAAUGCACAGUGCCAACCAAGUGAUCCUCAUUCUUUCAGUUCAUCAGCUAUGGAGACUGAAACUAUUGAUAUUGACAAUAAUCAUAAGAGGGUGCACUCUAUUUCCAUAAGUAUGCCGACAACUCCAGUGGAAAAGAGCGCAGACAAGAAGAAAAGGGUUCUUUUUGAAGAGGACGGUGGAAAGAUUUUCAACGAUGAAGUUCCAGUUUCUUCUGCUGCAUCUGAGACUGUAAAGUCCAAACAGACAAACGGAGUAAAGUUUCAUUCCCAGCCAAUGCCAAAGGGGUCUGGAAUUGAAGGAAAAGCCAAUCUUGCAAACCCUGCCAACAAUCUCAGAAAGCUGGGAGAUAGAAGAUAUGAUUCUUUCAAAACUUGGUCUGGGAGACUUGAGAGGCAGAUAUCAAAUUUACGUGGCAAGCCACGUGCAGAAUCACCAGCCAGACCUGCUGAACGUAGACUAGAAAAUAAGGAUGCUUUACCUGUAGAUCGAUACUAUGAUGCAUUGGAAGGGCCUGAAUUGGAAAACCUUAGAGCAUCAGAGGAAAUAGUGUUACCAGAUGACAAGAGAUGGCCAUUUCUUCUUCGAUUUUCAAUAUCUUCGUUUGGUAUAUGUCUUGGGGUUAGCAGCCAAGCAAUCAUGUGGAAAACCUUGGCCAGCUCUGCCUCCACAAAAUUUCUCCAUAUUAGCCCUCAUAUAAAUCUUGUUCUAUGGUGCAUCUCUGUUGCCCUUGUAGUCAUCGUCGCUGCUAUCUAUCUUCUCAAAGUGAUUCUCUACUUUGAAGCAGUUCGUCGAGAAUACUAUCACCCGAUUCGUGUCAAUUUCUUCUUUGCCCCAUGGAUAGCCCUGCUGUUCUUAGCACUUGGAGUGCCUUCUUCAAUUACUAACACUUUGCCUACUGCCCUUUGGUACGUUCUCAUGGCUCCAAUCCUUGUUCUUGAGCUUAAGAUAUAUGGACAGUGGAUGUCCGGAGGGCAACGGAGGCUUUCAAGAGUGGCAAAUCCUUCAAACCAUCUUUCAAUUGUAGGGAACUUUGUUGGGGCAUUAUUGGGUGCAUCAAUGGGGUUAAAAGAAGGCCCUCUUUUCUUUUUUGCUGUUGGAUUAGCUCAUUACACUGUCCUCUUUGUAACCCUUUACCAGAGACUUCCAACAAAUGAAACACUCCCGAAGGAGCUCCAUCCUGUAUUCUUUCUGUUCGUUGCAGCUCCAAGUGUUGCUUCUAUGGCUUGGGCAAGAAUUCAGGGCUCCUUCGAUUAUGGAUCGCGAAUUGCUUACUUCAUUGCCUUGUUUCUUUAUUUCUCACUGGCAGUCCGAAUUAAUUUUUUCCGCGGAUUUAAGUUCUCAUUGGCUUGGUGGGCUUACACUUUCCCAAUGACUGGUGCUGCCAUUGCAACAAUUAGGUAUUCUAAUGAAGUGACCAGUGUAGUUUCUCGAACUCUGGCUGUCACACUAUCUGCUCUUUCAACAUUAACAGUAACAGCUCUGCUUGUAUCUACUAUAGUACAUGCCUUUGUUCUGAGAGACCUUUUCCCUAAUGACAUUGCCAUCGCCAUUAGCGACAGGAAACCAAAACAUCACCACCACCACCACAUGAAGUGGUUCCAUCAAAGACAUGGAAGCUCGGAACACAGGGAGAUUGAAAAUUACUUGAAAUAUGCAACCUCAGAUUUGAAAGACAUCGAAGCUUCUAUUAAUCCUCCUAGCUCAGAUGGUAGUAAAUAAGUCGAGUGAUACAUAUUAUUAUAGUUAAAGACCUUGCCAUUUUCUGAAUCUUCAGCCUAACCAUGUGAGGAAAACAAAAAUCUGAAGGAAUUUUGAAAAUUCCAGUGACCAUGAAAUGAAGAUUUACGCGGUGAGGUUGCCUUAUUGUACAGAAACUUUUUGUUAGUCUUGUUGUAACGGAUCAGUUUGGAUAAUAUAAUAAGCAUUACAGCCUAAAAAAAAA